UUAAUGUAUGCGCGCAAUAACACAUUUUUAACACAGACACUGACAUUCUUAGAAGCAUUACUUUUAAUAAGUUAUUAGAAAACGUCAACACAAAGUUGCUCUCCUCCCAAACUGUGCUGUCAGACAUCAACAGAUGUCCCUCCCCUGCAGCCGCCUGUCGGUCCUUCAUCCCCUCUGCCCUGCACUCUGCUGAUGUGCAGCUUUUCUGUUCAGGAAAGGAAAGCCUGUUUGUUACGCUGGAGAGUUUCAAAGAAAGGGAGACGACCCGACUGCUGCCGGUCACUCCCUAAGCUACGAUUCACAUAACAAAACAACAGAUCUCUAUCUGCUCGCCGGACCAGCACCUCCCACGCGACUGUCCCAAAAAACACUAAUCACUUGUUUUUGUUGAAGCUUCAUUCUUAUAAUACCUCAUUACUGUAGCAACUAUUGAUGAUAGGAUAAAUAAUAAAAAAACAAAUUGCACAUAUGGGAUAUACCAAUAGAUUAAUAGAAUUUUUACUGAUUUAACAUCCUUUUUUGUGUAUAAUAAAUGCGAAUUAAAAAAAAUAAAUGAAUGCCUCUUUAAAUAAAAUUUUUAUUAUCAAGUUUCAGAAACAUGGGAGACAAAUAAUCAUUAAGACAAUCAAGAUUAUAUUUUAAAUGUUAAUUUAAGGUUUAAGAUAAAGAUUUUGGCAAAUUUAAGCGUAAAUAAUUGAGGAAACGGUCAAUUUUUAAAAAGGCUUAAAAUUUUACUAUUUAAAAAUUGCCACAUGAGCAAAGGCUGGGCCCUUAAUUGUAUGGCUGUUUGUGUGCGUGUGUGUGUGGGCGUGUGUGUGUGUGUGUUUAAAGAGUGGGAGGAGGACAGAGAGCCACCAUCUCCUAAAACACUUUGUCCUGUUAGGACUUCAUUAUUCAUCGGUUCACCUCAGUAACAGCUAGGCUAAGGUUUUUGAAAACAGCAGCUGAAGGUAUGUGUUAAAGCUCAUUUGGGAUGCAAUAUCUAAAAUGUGUUACUUUAAACUUCUCAGUCUGUAUUUGCUUACUUUAAAUUGUGUCAUUUGAAGCAAACAAACCUUAAAUAUACAUUUUCUUUUCUAACACUUCAGAUCUGUGCGUGGGAGCAACUGAUGGAGUUUUGGUUGGACAAUCAGGGUCAGUCGCAGAUGUACUCCAGAUUUGGGACUCUUCCUGGGAGAAAUUGUGCAAACAGCUAUCAUGAGAGACGGCAGGCGACCUAUAACACACUGUUCUAUGGAGAGCAGCAGGAUCAGGGAAGGGAGAGCAGUGACUGGACGGUACCAGGAUCAAGAGUAGGAGGAGCUCUACAGGAAUAUACCAACUGGACCGACCCCGAACCGCCUGACUCCUCUUCUCCAAACUUUCCCUUCAUUUUACACCGUCAUGAACAGCGCCACCAGGACCUGGGGGAGUAUCGGCAACACAACCCCAGAGACAGAGAGUGGGCGUCUCACGCAGCUGCAAGGGAUUAUGACAGAGGAUUUCUGAGAGAUGCAUGGCCAAAGCGGUGGGACCAGAGUCAGCCUGCCCGUUACAACAGAGAUGUUUCUGCUAAGAGGAACGACACCAGCUAUCGAGAGCUGGAGGCCUGGGCAGCCCGGUACAGUCACUCGCUGCCAAGGAGGAGACGCUUAGAAGCAGAGUUACGAGAGACUGUCCAAAGCCAGUCGGAGAGAGAAAAACUUUUGACACAUCCUGAAGUUCAGCUACAAUACUACCAGCUAAAUCGAAGCAGCAGAGCGCAUAGGCUGUGGGACAAAGCAGGACCUCUUACUACUGACCCAAACCACAUGAAGGGAAAUACUGAAUACCAAUCAAGGGUACUGGACAAUCCUCCUGGAUAUAUUGGACCUCCUCCCUACAACAGGCCACACAAAAGUCCACCUGUGAUGCACCAUUGUGAUUUUGGCAGGCAGCUGGUUGGGAAGAAGCAAGCCGAUUGGUCACAGCCAACUCUCAGAAAGUCAGAUAUUCCUUUAGAUUUGGAAACCAAGAGGAAAGUCGAGAAAGAUGUAAAUAAAAUCUGCCCUGGACUAGAGAAACUAGAGUUCAGCAAACAUGAGAGGGAUGCUUUACAGGGAGUUGGUUCCACUGAUACACAGAAACCUGAAGGCAUUCUGGAUGAAGAACCACAAGCAGUUCAGAAGUCAGACACGGAGAAGGAUGAAAUCUGCAAGGUCAUAGAAGGAAGGAAGUUCAGACUAAAGAAAAAGACAGGAGGAAUGACAAUAUUCUGUCUUGUGUCUCGACUAGCUAGCCCCUCUGAAUCCACAUCUUUACCAGUCUGUACCUCCCAAACAAGCAUCCAAAGCACAGAAAUGGGAGAGCUUUUAAAAGAUAGACAGGUUGACAACCAAGUGAACAAGAUCUCUGAUGAUGUGGACUUCAGAGCACACACACUAACAGAGCAGUCAGAGAAAAAGACCCCCAAAUGCAGCGGAAAGGUUAUGCCUAAAGAUGACCUACCAAACAACGUUUUCCUGGAAAAAUCUGGAUUUGUAUCUCAGUCUGUGGAGCCUGUGUUGACUAGAUAUCCUUUAUGGAGGGAGCCUAGUUCCAGUACCAAGGCAGAAACUGACAGCCUCAACACAAACUGUUUGAAAGAGACAAAAGGAAGCAUCUUGAACCAGGAUGAGGGUGGGGAUGUAAGAAGCCAAUCAACAGACUUUGAGAAGAACAAAGUAGACAUUGCUGAGAACACUGAGGAUAUGAAAGGUCUACUGGUGAUAGACACCAGCUGUGUUGUUGUCAAAGUGGAGAUGAUUCCUUCACCAAAGAAGGAGCAAGUCCACUAUAUGGACUCCACAGCACAUGAUGAAGGCAGAACAUCUGAAUCCAACUCUCAGGUUUAUCAAGAUGUUGCAACUGAUCCAAGCAAUGAGUCCUUGCAAAGGUAUGAAGACCCUGAAGCUGAUCUGGAUCCAAUACAUUUGAAGAAACAGGAAGACAAAGAGAGUGGCAAUUCCCUCUCUGGUAUGCAGUCAUCUUUGGUUUCUGAAAGGGAAACUCUGGAGGAGCGUGCUGAAAGAAUCCUUGGAAUUCCUCUGCAUGAUGAUGAACAGCAAACCGAUGAUGAAGAACCAAUGAUUGAUCUGUGCAAGGAGGAGCAGAGUGAGGAGGCUGAACCACCUGACUCAGGGCAAACUCUAGAUGACACAGCAGAGGUUCUCCUACUGGACAAAGAUAACAAUAGAAAGCAUCUAACAAGUGAAGAUAAUAAAGAUUUUACAGCAUCUCAACAGCCAGCCAACACCAUGACUGAAAGUGAUAACACUGAGUCCCAACUUGAAACAAACAACACUUCAACCAAAAAUGAAUUGAAGAAAGAAAGACAGGCUGAAUUCACUUGUAGUGAAAUUGAAAAUGAAGAGCACCUUGUUGAUCUCAGUAAUACUUAUUCAUUUUCUUCAGAUUCAUCAGAUUCAAGCAUACAGGAAGGUGCUGAUUCUGAACUGGAUGCACAAAGUGCAGACCUAACACCUCACUCUGAUGCCUCACCUCCUCUUUUCCCUGAAACACCCGAUUCUCCUUUAAGCUCCACUCUCAGUGAAGAGCAUCUCCCAAGCCCUCCUCCUCUGGAAGUACUAUUCCUAGAAGCUGAUAUGGAGAGUGGUGCCGAGCCAAAGCAUAGUGGGGAUGAAAUGUCAGACUCUGCUGAAAACGGGUCCUUGGUCACAGAAAUGAAAGAAGUCCUGCCACAUCUACACAAUCACCAAUGUGACGACACUUUUUGUGUCACUGAGAAGGAGCAAACAGCUGAGAAUGAUUCAUCUGGAACUGAAGAAAAGUAUGAAGAUCUCAACAUUUCAGCUCAGCAGCUUAGAUGUGCCCAAACUGAAGGUGCCAAUUAUGCAAACAAGGACCAGGAUCUUCAACUAGCCAACAAUAAAUUCUCUGAUCCUACAGUUCAAACAGGUGAGGACAAUGAAGAAAAUCCAAGAACUUGUGAAUCAGAAGAUUGCAGCUUUCUACCAAAGUAUGAUUUGAAGGACAAUGUUUUGUGCAAGACAGAAAAAGAUGCAACUCUGGAGUCAAGCCAAAGAAAUCCAGAUCUGACUGCAUGUCCCUUAAAAGAAACAACAAGCAAUGACAGAGAUAAAUUCACUCAAAUUCAACUAAACACCUCGCAAAACUCACAAGAUGAAUGCCUUGACGAUACCUGUCCUUCGUCUGGUGAGGUCUUGAACAAGCUCCUAAUCUCUGAUAUUUCAUCUUCUCCACAAGAGCCUGACAGAGACCGUGCUCCUCCCUCCGAAACUGAAUCAACUGGGUGUCCUCUAAGCAUAGACAUCAUUGCUGCUCCAGACAUUGUGGGAAAUCCCUCUAAUUAUUUUUAUCUGGAUUCCUGCAAAGAAUCCAGUCAGUUGACAGCUUUUCUUUCCCAAGAGGAAGACAUUUCUCCAAAGUUCUCUCCAACUUCUGCACAAAAGAGAGCAUCUCAGUAUCCUAAGUCCCUGUUGGAUGUGGUAAGUCGCAUCAGGAAGCACACAGCACCUGACUCCGAGAGCGAAGAGGAGGAAGUGAGCGAACAGUGGGACCUGAGUUGUCUAGAUGUGGUGGCAGACACAAAGUUUGAGAAGAACUUCUCUGAUGAGCUGCAGGCAGUUUUGAAGCACAACACAGGGCAGGCGGACAAAGAACCAGAGGGACAUGCUGAAGAAGACACUAUGUCCUGCAGCAGCCACGUGUCUGAAGGCACUAUUACUUUAGGGAUUGAAGAAACAACACUCUCUGAUGAGGUGAAAGAGGAGUAUGACGCUGUCGAACAGGAGCUAAGAUGCUCCAGUGAAGAAAAAGAUGAAAUCCAAUUGGAAGAAAGUGAAGAAGAGGACAAGAUAAAUAUUUGUGGUUCUAGUGAGGAGAGUCCGGUGGAGGUAGAUCAAGAGGUCAGUGAUGUGUUGAGUUAGACUAACAAGAUAUCUAACAAACAGUGCCUUGCAAACACAUUCUAACCCCUUAAACUUUUUCAGAUUUAGCAACAUUACAACCAAAUACUUCAUUGUGUUUUAUUGUGACUAUCUACUAAACCCCAAAAUUAAGCAUAACUGAGAAAUGGGAGGAUAAAGGCAUAUGGUUUUAAGUUACAAAUAAAAACAAAUUUGGCAUGUGUCUGCAUGUCAAGUGCAUGACAAAUAGGCUUGACAUACGUCUACAUACUCUGAUAUCCCUAAAUAAAAACCAUAAAAUUGCUACCAGAAGUCACUUUAUUAGUGAACAAGAGUGUAAUUUAAUCUUAGUAGGAUCCAGCUGUUCCGAGUUUUCUUAGAAAACAUUAAUGAAGUCAUUAAUGUUUUCAUGAUGAGCAUCAUGAUGGUCAAUGAACACAGCAGACAGAUCAGUGAGGAAGUUGUGGAGAGAUUUAAAGUAGGAAUAGUUAUAAAACACCGUUCUGAGCUUCAGGAAAGGUCAGGGUGUAGUCAUUCACUUCAUACCAUAAAUCCUAUCUUUUUUUCAAAGAAUGGCAAGGAGCCAUCUCUUUUUUUUUUCUUUAAGAAAGCCACAAGAAGUUAUCGUGUUUGCAGAGCACAGCAAACAUGACAAAGAAGGUGCUCUGGUCAGAUAAGGACAUAAUUUAACCUUUUAAUCAACACCCAAACUGUAUGUAGUUCCUGAGAAAGACUCCUGUCUCUCUGAACACACCAUACCCAGGGCAAAACAUGGUGGUUGGGGCAUCACGCCGUGGGGGUGAUUUUCUUCAGUAGGAACAGGGAAAAUGGUCAAAGUUGACUGGACCACUUAUCAAGGUAAAUACCAGGCAGCAAACCUAUUCAAAAAAAGCAAAAUACUUGAGAGUAGAGCAGAGGUUUACAACAAUCCUAAACUUAAAACUAGAGCUGCAAUACAAAGCAUCAAUUUUCUUCCAAUUUCAUUAUUUUAUACCACACAGUUAUGUAUAACAUUUUAGCUGUAAAUAUUUCAAGGAGUGAGGAUAUUUUUGCAAGUCACUGUACAAUAUCUUAAUUUUACCCAUACUGCUAAAGUAAUUUUAGAGGUUUUGUAGUUGAUUGUUGAGUGAUAAAAACAGAAAAUAAAAUGUUUGCUUAGGUUUCAGUGUGGAGAAUGAGAUGUUUAUGAGAUGUUUCAGAUUAUUUAUGUCUUGAGUCUAGAAAUAAAGGCUGAACUCAU